UAAUAUAUGGAGGUGACCCACUUUUUUUUUUUUUUUUUUUUUUAAAUUAAGGUAAAAUUAGGGGGACAGAUUUUGGAAACACUGCUGACCAGAGACGGUAGCAUUAGAAUUGGAAUAGUUACAAGCGGUGACGACGGUGAGAGAGAGGGAGGGGUCAAUGAUGAAAUUGUUCGAUGCACACUGUCACCUUCAGGACCCAAGAAUAUUGAGUCGGGCACCACAGCUGAUCGCCACAGCGCUUGACGCUGGCGUUGUUCGCUUCGCCGUUAAUGGAGUUUCCGAGAAAGACUGGCAUUUGGUGAAGCAGAUGGGUGAGAAAUAUACUAGUGUAAUCCCAUGCUUUGGCCUCCACCCCUGGUAUGUUGCGGAGAGGACACCCAACUGGUUCAACACGUUAAAAGAGUGCCUUGAGAGUACUCCCUCUGCUGCUGUUGGAGAGAUUGGAUUGGACAAAGGUUCACGGGGAAAAGAGAUUGAUUUCUCGGAUCAGAUUGAUGUUUUCCGGCAACAACUUGAACUUGCAAGAGAGUUGAAAAAACCAGCAUCUGUCCAUUGCGUUCGGGCAUUUGGAGAUGUUCUUCAGAUAAUGAAAUCCAUAGGAAGUUUUCCUGCUGGCGUUAUUCUUCAUUCAUACCUAGGAUCAGCUGAAAUGGUACCAGAAUUUGCCAAGCUUGGUGCUUACUUUUCAUUCUCUGGAUAUCUUAUGUCCUUAGAAGCAAGGAAAGCAAAGAAAAUGUUAAGGGCGGUACCUUCUGAAAGGAUUUUAUUGGAGUCAGAUGCACCUGAUGCACUUCCAAAGUCUGAACGAGAUUCACUGUUUAUGGUUGACGGAGACCCCUCCAUCCCUGAAGAGCUACAAGGGCAAGGGGGGAAGUUUUCUUCAAAUGAUGGCAGUUCCAGUAAUUUUUCUUAUGCUGUAAGAGAUGUGUCAACAAUGCCAAAAGACACACUCAAUCAUCCAGCAAACAUUCAGAAUGUACUCGAUUAUGUAGCAUCCUUUGUUGAUAUAACCAAGGAAGAACUUGCAGAAGUUAGUUACAAGAAUGCAGUACUCCUGUUCUCUUAUGAUGGUUCAAAAGUACUCCAGGAAAACUAAUGCAGCUUUUCAGAUGUAGAACGGGCAACAAAGUUUUAUUUUUCCUCGUUGUGUCUAUGUUAUCCUCAAUUAUGUAAUACACAUACCGCCCUUCAUUAUUAUUGUUAUAACUUGUUCAGAACUUCAAAAGAAUCCAAGUAGUUCUAUAUUCUCAAUAACUCUGUAAACAUAUUCUAAUCUAUCUUGGACAAUGAUUGUUUUGCGUGUGGC